GGGUCAGUGUUUGCUGUUUGGGGCUUAGGGUCUACCAAUGAGGGCUUAGGGUUUAAGGUCUAGGGCCUGAUGUCCCAGUGUUCGGGGUUUGGGGUUUUAGGCUAAGAUGUUCGUUUUUUCGCCCGAAUUGGAAUUUUAGGGUUUAGGGUUUGAGGGUUGUAGAUUGCUUUCAGUAGGAUGUGGAGUAGAGCUUCCGAAGUGACUGAUUAGGCAAGGUUUAAGGGAUUAGAAUUAAGAUCUAAGUUUUAGGAUGAAGGCUAGGAUCCCGAAUUGGAAUUUUAGGGUUUAGGGUUUAGGGUUUGAGGGUUGUAGAUUGCUUUCAGUAGGAUGUGGAGUAGAGCUUCCUAAGUGACUGAUUAGGCAAGGUUUAAGGGAUUAGAAUUAAGAUCUAAGUUUUAGGAUGAAGGCUAGGAUAGAGGUGAAGUCAGUAGGUGGUUAUGAAGGCAUCUCCACUGUUGGCUUUUCUUUUGCACGGAGAGUUGGACGUGUUUGACAAGCGAAGUAGUGGUCAUGAUCUUCACGAAAUGUGUUUCAGACGGCUUUUCUGCACAGGAGUGUCAGCGCAUGCACUCAUUUCUGUGAGGAACACAAUGGUUUUGCAUAUGGCCUGCUUCACUGGACUCGCUGCUGUUCCCAGCAUUCCUAUGGAGGAAACAAGUGAGGUGUGUGCGAGCGAUCGGCUGAUGGAAGAAAAAGGGGACAGGUAUGUGCACGAUCAGCUGCUGGAGGAAAGAGAAGACAUAUGUGCACGAUCAGCUGCUGCAGGAAAGAGAAGACAUAUGUGCACGAAAGGAUGUGCGUUGCCUGUGCCUGCCUUUUUCACGGGUGCUUGGUGACGUCUUUCAGCUGAGUGGCAAUUUUGACUACUACCCAUCUUCACCCGAAGAGAAUGCCCGGUCAUUACAGCUGUAUUUGAUGCAACUUUCAGUCCAGAUGCAGCAAUAAGUCCUAGGCGUUCUUUUUGGGUGAAGACGGGGCCGUCUAUCUGCAGCAAUAAUUACUGUCACUCUAUUUGGUGCAAUUUUUGGUCCAGAUGCAGCGAUAAUGACCGGGCAUUGUAUUCGGGUGAAGACGGUAGUUGUGGCCUUCAAAGAGGAUGACAGACAGUUCUGGUGGUGGUGUGUACUGGAAGUGGAGUGUGUGUGUGUGUGUGUGUGUGUGUGUGUGUGUGUGUGUGUGUGUGUGUAGAGGUUACCCCAUCCAUGCACGCUUAUUUUUUCGUUUAGGGUUUAGUUGAAGGGUGCAACGGCGUGGUGGGAUGCAUUUGGCGUUUACUUUCUAAAUCAUGGUGUGAAUAACGUGCUUUCGAGUACACACAGAGUUUAGCGUGUCCUUCCAUAUGGCGUUCUGGAAGGGCGGUUUGUUGUAUAGAAACACUUUUAGAAAUUCCUUUUUUAAUACAUGUCUCUUUUGAGGGGAACUUGAGAAAAGGGAGGGAAAAAAAGGUCUUCCCAGAAUUUUUACUCUACUAACCACGGUGUGGUACGUGUGAAUUGAUUACUGGUACUCUGAGAAUUACAGCAACUUGUGCAGAGUUCUCAGAAAGGUUUCCCGGCAAGGUUGUGAAUUUUGUUAACUUGGAGAGGCAGAUGGCGAGGGCCUUUCUUUAUACGAAUAAGCGGCAUCGCGGGUCUUUGGCCAUUAACCAUCCGGGCGUCAAUUUUUGACAUCUAUUGGUGUGAUUUGGUAUCAGCCUGUUUGCUCAGUUGUUUUGAACCUCCACUGCUUCGAGGCUGUUUUGCUGGAUGUUCACUUUAGCUACCAGUCCAGCUAGAUUACCCUGACAAGGCCGCCGGAUGUUUGCUGCACGUAUCGGUGGGCGGCCUCCCUGUACAUAUGGUGACUGCUGCCUUUGGAUGCCGUUGAAGGCUGCAGAAUGCUGUUGACUCAGCAGCCAAGCAUUUUGUUUUCUGUGCUGUGGGACUAUAGUGAUAGAAGGUGCCGGUGAGCAGGUUUUAUGCGUAAUGAUUUUAGUGUGUGUCGUGCUUAGAUCUGAGCUCGGUGGAGAAGGGUUCAUGACACUUGAGGCGCUUUCAGCGAUUAAGUUAGGCGGGCCGCCUUUUUGUCGCAGCAACAGUACACACAUACAUGUCCACAUUCACUUGAAGGUUCGAACUUUUGAGUCGGUUUCAGUGAGAAAGAGAUUUCCACAAGUCGUCCUCCGGUUUGGCUGCAGAGUCCCUGAUAAGAGCAUGGUUUUGUGAAAAAUCGUACGCUUCGACUCCUUGGUCAGAAAACAUUGGUGGGCUGGAGGAGACCUAUACAAAACCAGCACACAUCGUACAUUCAUUCGAAAUCUGAAUUUAGUGCAAUUCUGAGAGUACUGGCUUGAACUGGCUUCGGAAGUUCGGAUUGCAAUUGAAGUUCCUUGUACAAGCUGCUGAGCGUGAUUUCGUUUUGUUUCCGUGUCGUUCCUGUCGGGCGAAGUAUGGGCAUGCGACCACAUUUUUGCGCAUACGAAGUAAGUCUUCUGGUGUGUAGACUGGAAGAGAUGUUGAUUGGUUCGGGCAUGUUGCUCCAAGUAAGUCUUCUGGUGUGUGGACUGGAAGAGAUGUUGAUUGGUUCGAGCACGUUGCUCCACCACCAUGUUGCUCCUGUCGGGUGAAUUAUGAGCCAUGUUGUUGUGUGCUGCCUAUGGAUUGGAUUCAGACGCGAAGCGGCACACGAGCGAUGUCGAUUGGUUUGAGCAUGUGCUUUGCGAAUCCUUGUUGAUGUCCAUGAAUGUGCAAGAAAGGUUGUGGACAAAAUGUUGCUGCACUGCCCCCCUGUGUGUUUCUAAUCUGAUUGUGACCGCCUUCCUCUGAACGUAACGCACCCCGAACACC